CGUUUAUUGGCGUGGCUUAGAAGGAAGUAACGCGAUCUGGCUUGCCCCUCCCCACUGAGGUUAACCUCUAUUUCGCCUUGACAAUACUGCUAUAUUUUCCAGCUGCAAGGGUGUCCAGAAGGAUAUUUUCUUCCUUCUCACACCCAAUGUAUUUGGAGGAUCUUGUGAAACAGCUAAUCGCGGUUUCCUAUAGCUUUAUUGAACUGAUGAGUAGGCCUACCAAAGAAACACCUCACAGCUACAYAGUUCUCAUCGGGCGUGUGUGUAUGAAUGACUUGACCAGAAGCUCUGAAUACGGCGUGACAAGAACAACCUGUUGACCGGAGCCAAAAUGCUGUCUAGUACAUUCCUUACUGGACCUUUGCGUAUCAUCUUGGUGGGGAUCCUUGGUCUAGGAGGAUUUCUGAUGCUGUUUGUAAUGUACUAUCAAUCAGCUCCAWCUCAGAUCUGCUCUCCCCAACCUGCUUUGCCACGUCAUUACUCAAAGCCACCUGAGAACAGUUCCUUGUCUAAGAAGCAGCCAGAACCAGACAAGCCCAUCAUGCUGUUGUGGUUCUGGCCUGAAAGCCGCAGGUUUGAUUUUAGCGAUUGCACCACUUUCUUCAACAUUGAUGGCUGCCAACUGACAGAUGACCGGUCUCUGUACAACAAGGCAGACGGGGUGCUCAUCUUUCACAAAUCCAUCAACCACGAUUUAUCCAACUUGCCUCCAUCACCUCGACCACCAUUCCAGAAGUGGAUCUGGUACCAUGUGGAAUCACCUACAAACACAAUUAGGAUACCUGGUCUAGAGAACCUUUUCAACUUGACCUUGAGUUAUAGGGAAGAUGCAGACAUCCCUGUACGUUGGCGCUUAACUGCAAGGAAAGGCCAGGGUGAGGACUUUGUGCUGCCCAAGAAGGAUAAAUUAGUUUGCUGGAUUGUGAGUAACAAUAACCCUGCAACUGGAACAGCAGUAAGGGAUAACUAUUACAGAGAACUUGUCAAACAUAUUAAGGUGGAUCUYUUUGGAAARGCCUUUGCAAGAUUCUUGAGAUAUGAGGACUACUACUCAACACUCUCCAGCUGUAAGUUCUACCUCUCCUUUGAGAACUCAGUCCACAGAGACUACAUCACUGAGAAGCUUAAUGGACCACUUGCAGCAGGAACUGUGCCAGUAGUAUUGGGCCCACCGAGACAGAACUAUGAGGACUUUGUCCCGGGAGAUUCCUUCAUCCAUGUUAAUGACUUUCCCAAUGCAAAAGCCCUGGCUGAAUUCCUCCUGAAGUUGGACAAGGAUGAGGAGGCAUAUCUKCGCUACUUUCAGUGGCRUARAMACUUWUYWGCUCASCRACAUCUGGUUCAACUGAGUCAAGAGUUCAUCCAAGCUAUUUGUUAUGCCUGUGACCAUGUAGGAAAACAUAAGGAGUACAGGGUUGUUCACGAUAUUUACAAAUGGCAUUUUGGUUAAUCAGUCACUUACACCCUCUUCCGUGUAUGUCUAUUACCACCAUAUUAUCCUGUCAAUGUACCAUGUUCCAAGGUGGAAUUUGGUCACAACCAGCAACCCACCAUAGCAAUGUUCUCACAGUGCCUUUAUGACCUAUUAUCUGUGUACACCCUACCUGUAGGAGAAGUGUACCUGGAUGYCGACCGGUUGUAGCUAGGUUAAGUGCCCGUUGUAAAACUAUGACACCCGGAACCAUCUUAUGCAACAACAACCUCUGCGUUCUUUCCUGUUUGAAAUACUACUUGAUUGUUUUAUAUCUUUUACAUGUUUUUUUKGAGCUGAAAUAAUGAUGUAAUAAAGUGAUCAAUGCAAUUAAAAUUGUCCAUGAAAUGAGACAGUUACACAUCAUAGAGACUUGAAACUGAGUUUGGCUUGAAGAGCAGCUGCAGUGUACUGUAAAACAUCCUAUAAAUGCUAUGCCUCUUUUUCUAGGUUGUGAAGGUUGUUACCCCUGGAGGGAAAUGGUGUUUGUGUUAAAUGUAAUAUAUAUAUAUAUAUCAUUUAUUUUAACUAGGCAAGUCAGUUAAGAACACAUUCUUAUUUACAAUGACUUC